ACAGAGUGAGCGAGCAAACGCAGGCAUGGGGGUCGGGGCGCAGAGCACCGGUGGGGAGCCGCUGCCGGUCGAUGUGGAGAGCGAGUGGGGAGCCGAGACUUCGGGUAUCAAACCCCGGCCGCCGCGCCGGGGCAGGGAGACCUGGGGCCGCCGGCUGGAGUUCACGCUGGCCUGUGUCGGCUAUGCGGUGGGACUGGGCAACAUCUGGCGAUUCCCCUAUCUGUGUUACAGGAGUGGCGGAGGUGCCUUCAUCAUCCCAUAUCUGGUUAUGAUCUUGCUGUGUGGAAUCCCACUGCUCCUCCUGGAAUACACUAUUGGACAGUAUACAAGUUUGGGACCUGUGCAUGCCUUGGCUAAAAUCUGCCCUCUUCUGAAAGGUGUCGGCGUGGCGACAGUUGUCAUUUCAUUCUUGCUCUGUACUUAUUACAAUGUUAUUAUCACCUGGGCUCUGUACUACCUCUUCAACUCCUUUCAAUCAACACUGCCCUGGCAAAGCUGCAACAAUACAUGGAACGUGGUGGAAAAUUGCUCCAAUGGAUUUCCUGGGAAUGCCACCUACCUCAAAUCUGCCAGUCAACAAUUUUUUGAUUACAGAUUGCUGGAGAUGAGUAAUGGGAUUGAAGAGAUUGGCAGCAUCCGCUGGAACUUGUUUGGUCUCCUCCUCCUGGCUUGGAUCAUUGUUUAUUUCUGUAUAUUCAAAGGAGUGAAAUCAACUGGAAAGGUUGUGUAUUUUACGGCUAUUUUUCCGUACCUCAUCUUAAUGAUCCUACUGAUCAACAACGUCCAACUACCAGGAGCCAAGGAUGGAAUCCUCUUCUUCCUCAGACCUAAUUGGAGCAGGCUGCUAGAUGUCCAGGUAUGGGUGAAUGCUGCUGCACAGGUUUUUAACUCGAUCGGCAUUGGGUUUGGUAGCAUGGUGUCUUUGGCCAGUUACAACAAGUUCAAUAACAACAUCCUUAAGGACACAGUUGUCGUCGCAGUGAUAAACUCGCUGACAAGUAUCUUUGCAGGAUUAGUUAUUUUCUCUGCUAUUGGAUACAUGAGCCACCUUCACAAGCUGCCGGUUGAGAACAUUGCCACUGACGGCCCGGGACUAGUGUUUGUCGUUUACCCGGAAGCGUUUGUAACAAUGCCCAUUGCCCCAAUGUGGGCCACACUCUUCUUCUUCAUGCUUCUCUGCUUAGGAGUGGACAGCCAGUUCGCCAUGGUGGAGGUGAUGGUGGUCAGUCUAAUGGACAGCUGGGGAAAGAGUCUUCUCCGCUUUUUCCGACGUAAAGAAUUGGUGGUUCUUGCUGUCUGUUUUGUAGCCUUUUUGCUUGGGAUUCCGAAUGUCACCAAGGGUGGAAUUUAUUUCUUCCAACUAAUGGAUCAUUACACAGCCGUCGUGUCCCUCAUGUUUUUGGCUUUUUUCGAAGUCAUUGCCAUCUGCUGGCUUUACGGUGUCCAGAGACUAUCUGCCAACUACAAGGAAAUGCUGGGGACUCCUCUAAACUUCUUUUUCAAGCUGUGCUGGUGGGUUCUUUCGCCGCUACUUGUCACAGUUAUCCUGGUGUCCAGCAUAAUCCGCUACACUCCUGCUCGCUAUGGUAAAACGUACACGUAUCCAGCUUGGGCUGAGGGCCUUGGCUGGAUCAUCUCCCUCUGCUCCAUCAUCUGGAUCCCACUUGGAGCUGUGCACACCUUGUACACCAGCAAAGGCUCCUUCAUUCAGCGUCUUCGAUCUUCAGUUACUCCAGUCAAUGAGGUGAUGCCAGCAAGAAGCCAGGACCAGGUGAUCAAACUGAAAUGUGAAAUGCAUACGCCUCCACAUUCCAUCUACACUGACAAGAUUAACCUUGCUGGAGAAGCAUAAUAUAAUUAUAUAUUUAAAUGAAAGAAAUGUUAUGGAUGAAGCAUUGGGAAAACUGGUUUUAUGGGAUUGUAUUUUGCUUUCAGUAGUGACACUGAAACAAAAUUUCCUGAUGACAGACUAUCACUUUAUCUUAAUUGUGUUUAAUUAACCAUUCUGUCCCCAUGUUAAAGGGUUUCCAGAAUGUUAAGUAACCCAGGCAGAGAGCUUAGUUAGAAUAGGUAACAAUCAAUGUCAAGGAAUGGAGGGUAUCAUCAGUGUUUAAUGAAAUUAUGUUGGUGCUGGGAUUAUUUGGAAAGUUGUAUUGGAGAUGAUCACACAAAACAUGUGGGUAGAAUAGCAGCCUCUUGCAUCACCACUAAAGAACACCAUGACCAGUCCCACUGCCUGAUUUCAAUAUUUUGUAAAAAUUCACUAACAGAUAUGCUGCAGUGAAAGGAAUCUACAUUCAAAAUUGAUGACAGAUUUUCUGUGCAGUACCCAAUGUAUUAAGUAGAAUUGCCAUUCUGUUAUUUGAAGCCUUAUUGAAAAUGCUCGGAGACUCGCCAUUAUUACUGACUGAUUCCUCCUGCUGCUUCACAUGCUGCUGUGUGUGAUGGUAUAGAAAUGUUUUCACUGGUUAUCAUUAGUCUCUGCUGGUGGUGUAGUGGCAUGCACACCAGACUUCAGAGUUCGAAUCCAGCUGGCUCCUUGCACGAGUUCUACUCAUGCUGGGUUGAGCAUCAAACUAGUACCUCUGCCUUAUAAAACAGACAAAUGCUAGAGAAGUGGAAAAGUUGCCGCCUGAUGCACCAGGUUGGUGUGGGGAGGAACUUGGCUACCAUUAAGGAGAAGCAACGACACAGAAGAACCAAUCUCUAACAUUAAUGGGUCCAGCCCAGAACUACUGGUUUCAACAUCGUUGAGUUCAGUUGUUCUCACUUCACGCUGCCAUUCAACAACUCUCUUGGAGGGUUCAACUUUAGAAUGGCGCUGAGGUGACCUUACACUGAGUAAAUUGAGGCUCGUAGGAAAUUAACACCCAAGAAGAAAUAGUUAACAAUGAUAGCAAAACUUCUGAAUAUGGGAGAGUUGUCUGUUUGUUGAUUCCACCUUUACCCUGUCAGCUUAUUUAUAACUCCUUUUAAUAAAAUCAAUUCAAUUCAACGUCUUUCAUAUAUAUAUAUAUGGAGCAGACUCAAUGGGCCAAAUGGCCUUUUCUGCUCCUGUGUCUUACAUUCAAUGGAUUUUCAAUGGGCAUCUGAAAAAGUUUGGUUGACAAUGUCAUAUUUGGAAAAUCAAAUGCAAUCUCUGUUAAAUUUUGUCUAGAAUCUACUUGUGUUUGCUGUCUUGAAUUACAAACGCUGUGAUUUUUAUUUUCUGAUCCAGUGAGGUGAAUCCACAUUCUGUUCUGAGCCUUUCAUGAAAGUUCAGGUUAGUGGGAGACUGGUUUGUUGAGUUUCUAAUUGUGCACUUUUGUGUGCAUUGGCUGAAUGGGAAACAAAGGAUGUUAGUGAUUUGUGUGAAGAAGGAUCAGGUGUCAGUCACUCAGUCUUAGAGCAAACUGGGUGGAAAUCAUCCUGCAACUCAUGAAAAUUGGAAGAUUUUCAAGACAUCAAGAACAUGGAAUAUAAGAAUAUGUAUCUUUGGUUUGUAAACAAAAGAGCACAUCUUCAUUUCAUUAUAAACCUGGUUCCCCAGGUGAAGUCUGUUGGAGUUGAGGGUGGGGAGAGAAGAGUCUACAGAUGCGUAACAAAAACAGAGCAUUGGUAGAACUUGGCAGAUCUAGCAGCAUCUGUGAAUGCAAAAGGUCAACACCUCAGGUUGAGACCCUGCAUCGGGACUGAGGGAGACAAUGAUGGAUAUAUAUAGUAUUGUACACUGUAUGUGUAUACUCUAUGGCCAUGUUAUUGGGUACGCCUGCUCAUUAAUGCAAAUAUAUAAUCGGCCAAUCAUGUGGCAGCAAUUCGAUGUAUAAAAGUAGGCAGACAUGGUCAAGAGGUUCACUUGUUGUUCAGGCCAAACAACAAAAUGAGGAAGAAAUGUGAUCUAAUGACCUUCUCCAUGGAAUGAUUGUUGCUGCCAGAUGGGAUGGUUUGAGUAUUUCUGGAACUGCUGAGCUCCUGGGGUUUCCAUACACAACAGUCUCCAGAGUUUACAGAGCAUUGUGCGAGAAACAAGAAACCUCCAGUUCAGUGGGUGAAAUGUUAUUAUUAAUGAGAGAGGUCAGAGGAGAAUGGCUAGACUGGUUCAAGCUGACAGUAAGUCAAAUAACCAGACAUUACAACAGUGGUGUGCAGAAGAGCAUCUCUGAGUGUGAAAGGUGUCAAACUUUGAAAUGGAUGGUUUACAGCAGUAGAAGCCCCCUCCAGGUUCCACUCGUACCUAAUACACAUAUACAGUAUACACUAUACUUCAGUAUAAGGAAGGUAUGAAGAGGGUAGUGGUUGAGAGGGAGAAUUAGGUGGAGAGGAAUUGAAGGUAAAAUGGAACUAGGUUUGGGGUGGGGGGUGUUAUGGCAGGCUGGUAGGAGAUAGGUGGAGGCAGACGAAGAGGGGAUGAUGGGCAAAUGAGACCAUGUGGAGGAAGGGAUGAAUAGGAGAAGUCACCUGCGUAGAUAGGUGAGUGUGUGUGAGGAGAGCACCAGUGGGGAGGUGGGAGUUACUUGUAAACAGAGAGGGUCACUAUCCACACCAAUGGGAUAGGAGAUGCCGAAGCAGAAAUGCAGUGGUCUUCCAGUCUUCCUUUUGGCCUCUCCUUUUGGUGAGGGAAUAGGGAGGGAGUUAAAGCGCCAUACAAUUAGAAGCUCAGGAUGGUAAUUGCAAAUAGAACACAGGUGCUUCACAACAGUCACCUGGUCUACUCUGUCUCCAUGCUUUCUUGUGAAACAUCGGAAAUCUCCAACAUGAGAAUCACCAGUUCUUUAAAACGUUUAAUUAAAUUACACUCCCACUUUCAGAAUAGAACAGAAACUAGAAAAUACUCAGCUGGUCAGGCAGCACCUGUAGAGAGCAAAUCAAAGUUAGCUUUUUAAUUUGCUGACCUGUGAGAGAAUCUAACCAUCUCAUUAUUCACUGAUGCUACCUGACCUGUUCAGUGUGUCCAACGUUUUCCAUUAUUUCAGCACUUUCAGCAAUGUUUUCUGUCAUAAUCUAUUUGAUAGUUUGUUCUGGUUGGAGAAACACUAGCAAUUACGUUGUCGGAACCAUCCAUAUUGAUUAUUUUUGAGUGGGGAUGAAGCAGAUUGGUUAACGUGCAAGUUUUUAAAAUCACAAAAUAAUCUUUGUGCUUAAAGUGACUGUAUUUACUAUAUAUUUCUUUACAUUCCAGAACAAAACUGACCUCCAAUGAAAUGCUUUGUUUAUGGUCACAUGUGUACCAUGUAAGCAGUCAUGCAUGUGAAUAUUUAAUGAAUUGUAUUUUUAUUAAAAAUUCUUUUCCAACA